AAAAAAAAAAAGUAAAAGAAGAAGAAGAAGCAGAGAAGGUGAAGGGUGAUUCUCUUUCUCACUUGUUGCUUGCUUCCACUUCUAUAUUUCACCUUCACAUCACUUUCUUGCUUUCAACAAAUACUAUAAAUAUCAUUAUUUCUUAUUUCUGUUUGCUUCCCGAGUAAACAAACGAAAAUUUACAAUUUCUCUUUAUUUCUACAAGCCUGGAUUUGAAGAUUUGCAAAUAAGUUCACUUAGGGAAAUGCAUCUAUGUCAAUUUUUUAUGGGUGCAAUUGGUGCAAUGUGAUUGUUCUAAACAACUGCAAUGAAUGACCUGGUGCAGCUCUGAAGUUGAGAGAUUAUCAUAUCAGCCCAAAUUAGGACUUCCAAUUGCAAUCUCAGAAGUAGGAAGGCUAACGCAGUACGCUGAUCUGAGUUUCAUAAGCAGAAGGCAGAUCAUAAAUGGGAAACAAGCUGCAAAAGCCCCUAGGAUCAGACAGGGUAGAAGAGAACAAGAACAGCAACAAGAAGAAGAUUCAAACUUUACAUGUGAUUUAUGCAUUGAACCCAACCUAUCAGACAGGAAAUUUAAGAAUGGUGGCUUGUGUAAUCAUCCUUUCUGCUUGGACUGCAUAUCCAAGUACAUUGAAGUGAAAGUUGAAGGUUUCACUGGAAACAUUGAAUGCCCUGGACUGAACUGUGGGCAACCAAUAGACCCUCUCUCGUGCAGGCCUAUCAUCUCAAAGCCACUAUUUGAAAAAUGGUCUGACCUUCUAUGUGAUUCCAUGGUUUUAAGAUUCCAUGGCAUGCAGGAUAUGAGUGCAAUGAGAGCGGACAAUUGAGAGAUAGUAAUGAUAUUCUGGUUGGGGAACUUAUAGAAGAGAAAAAGUGGACAAGAUGUUACAAUUGUGGUCACUCUGUUGAGCGAGUCAGUGGAGUGGCUGCAGAGAU